UGUUAUGAGUUGCACUUCGCAGUUCCACUUGCUUCGGAUAUUACAGCGUACGUGUCGAGCACUUCAUAGUUCCGACUCGAGGAGCAGUGACAUUUAACGACAAUGGGAUUAAACAGGUUUACAGUGAUUUGGCCAAUUGUAGCCCUGUGCUGUUUAGUCAAGAGGGCUCGCCUGUACAACGUGGCUUUGGAAAGUGCCGUCCAGUUUAAAGGGGCCGAAGGGACAUUAUUUGGUUAUUCGGUAAUAUUACACAGUUAUAAAGGUGAAAAGUGGUUUGUGGUGGGCGCUCCGAAAGCAAACUCUUCCCUGUAUAACGUGACAGUAAAUCCUGGAUCUAUUUACAAAUGUCGAAUCAGCCAAAAUCCUGACAGAAACUGCGAAGAAAUCCCUUUAGGUAACCAUGAGGGGAACAAAUGUGGGCCGGAAUGUACAGAAGACAGGGAUAACCAGUGGCUUGGUGUUAGUUUGGCAAGGCAGCCAAAGGAAGAUGGUUACAUACUGGCUUGUGCACAUCGUUGGAAAAAUAUAUUCCACAUAAUAAAAGAGAUAAUGCCACUUGGGUUGUGUUUUAAAAUUCGACCAGACUUGCAGCAUUCUGUGGAUUCGCCACUGAUACCAUGUUACACAGAAUAUAACCAGGGACGUGAUAAGAUGUUUUGUCAGGCUGGGAUUUCUAGUUUUGUAACUGAGGAUUUAAUUGUAAUGGGAGCUCCUGGAUCUAAUUUAUGGGCUGGAACAGUUUUAGUCAAAAAUGAGAAAGAAAAUUCUUUGCUCUUUUAUGAAGAUUUGGAUUAUUUAAUCAAAGAUGGCAGCUAUCUUGGUUAUUCGGUUAGUGCAGGACACUUUAUUUAUCCAAACAGCACAGAAUUUGUGGCAGGGGCACCACAGCAGGAGAUGAUGGGUCAAGUUUACAUCUUUAAGAAAGAUGGAAUGAGCUUGAGCAUAAUGUUCGAGGCAAAGGGUAAAAAGCUUGCUUCUUACUUUGGCUCAUCAGUUUGUGCGGUGGAUCUCAAUUCAGAUGGCCUCUCGGAUCUGUUAGUUGGAGCCCCCAUGUACAGCGUGGUCAGAGAUGAAGGAAGGGUCUAUGUUUACUUGAACAUGGGAUUGGGAAAGCUGAAGGAGCUGGAAAUUGAGCUUGCGGGAGGAAAUUCCUAUGCGGCCAGGUUUGGGGAAACAAUUGUGGAUCUUGGAGACAUUGAUGAUGAUGGACAUUCAGAUAUAGCAAUAGGUGCUCCCCAAGAAGAUGAUCUACAGGGGGCGAUUUAUAUCUACAAUGGCAGAGAGACUGGAAUAUCUUCAACUUUUUCUCAAAAAAUCCUUGGGCAACAGAUCAGUAAUAACUUGCGUGCCUUUGGCCAAUCGAUAUCUGGAGGUAUUGAUGCAGAUGGAAAUGGUUACUCAGAUAUCGCUGUUGGUGCCUUCAUGUCUGAUACUGUGGUGUUGCUCAGAAGCAGACCUGUUGUGAUCGUGGAAUCCUUCCUGCAGUUGCCUCCUUCAAUCAACCAAACACACAUGGAAUGUUUUGAGAAUGAAAAGCCAGUAACGUGCAUCAAUGUUACUGUCUGCUUUGGUCACAAGGGGAAGAAAAUUCCUGGAUAUAUAGUGUUGAAGUACAACAUUAGUGCAGAUGUCCACAGAAGGACUGGGUUUCCUUCCAGAUUUAAGUUGGUAUCUGAUGGCAAAUUGAAAAGUCAUUCAGGAGAGAUUAUGCUUUAUCAAAAUAUGAUUAACUGUAACACUCAUUAUGCAUUUAUGAAGGAAAAUGUCCGAGACGUUAUCACACCAGUCUACUUUGAAGCAACUUAUACCCUGGGUAAGCACAUUGUACGGAACGAUUCCGGAGAUGCUUUCCCUCCACUGCAACCUGUUUUGCAAAAUAAAGAAAAUGAAAGAAAUGGAGUCAAGAACAAGACACAUUUUGAACGAUUAUGUACUUUUGAAGACUGUGCUGCGAACCUUCAGGUUUCUGGAAAGCUGGUGUUAGAAGGGCACCAUGUAAACAAAUCUUACCUGGCUGUUCAAGAGGUGAAGAGGAUUAUCCUGAACAUAGCUCUAUUCAAUGCCGGGGACAACGCCUACUCGAGCACUCUUAUUGUUAAAAUGCCCAAGGAUAUAAACUUUUUCAAGACAGUGGAAAUGGUGGAGAAAUAUGUAAUAUGUGGUGUGACUGAGGAAGAAAAUUCAACAAGUCUGGAAUGCAGCGUUGGACAUUUGUACAUGAAUUCUCAAUCAAAGGUGGAAUUGAGUUUUUUUCUUGAUACCAGCAAGUUUACCAGAGCAGAGAGAGAUCUUGUCAUCACUAUUAAUGCAACAUGUAAAAAUGAGCAGAGUCUGGAUUUACUUCAUGACAAUUUUAUCACUCUUAAUAUGCCCUUAAAAUAUGAGAUUGCUGUUGCAGUACAUGGGUUAGUGUUUCCUCCUUCAUUUUUGUACGAGGGAACCACGGAUAAUGAUGCAGUAACGUCUAGUUUCUAUGAUUCACCUUGCGUAUACCAGGACAUCAACUAUACAUUUCAAGUCAUGAACAUGGGGAAUGGCAUGGCUCCUGAUAUUGAAUUGAAAAUUGCACAACCUAAUGCAUUGGAAGGAAAUGACUUUAAGUUAUUUGAAAUUCUUCAUAUAAAGUCCAGUCAUGGAGAAUGUCGGUUUGAUAAUCAUUUGAAAAACUGCACCGAACUACCAGAUGUAACAGUGGUCCAUCAAAUAUAUAACUUGGUCAACAAGUUUGGAAGUAAAGAAUUGUCUUGCUUCAGACAUGGAAUUUCCUGUUUACACAUCACUUGCCAGCUUGGAGACAUUGAAGGUGGCAAAGUUGCAUCCAUCAAAGUUGCCAUGAGACUCAACUAUGCACUUCUCGCAUCAGAUACGGCUGCAUCAACUAGAUUUUUUACUGACGCUGUUGCAUCAUCAAGACAAAAGUUCAACGUUGUUGAAGUUGGAGAAAUGAACAUGACUGUUGCAAUGGAAGCACAUUAUAAUUUUAAACUUAAAAUGAAAGUAUCAAUAGGAAUUGCUAUAAUCGGUAUGUUCCUGGUGGUUUUAAUAAUGGUUCCAAUCAUAUACUUACUUUGGAAGUGUGGAUUCUUUAAAAGACAACUGGAAGAGAAGAAAAAUAACUACCAACUGUGGAUUCCAAUCAAUCAGAAAGAUGACUCUGUAAUGGACGAGAGUAAUUGUUCAAUGCCCUUUGAUGGUUUACAAUAAUAAUGCCCCUAAGUGAGGUUAUAGGUGGACAGUGGGUUCCUUUCACUGAACUAGAUGGAGACUGCUAUGCACACAAUCCCAUUGAUCCCCAGAGGCAGUGGGCUGGAUGUAAUGAAAUUUCAGCAGUGAGUAUGCUGUGCAUUGUAUACUGUUGAGGUCUUGCCUGUGGAACAUCCUUAAAGGCUUUAAUAUGAGGCAACAUUGGGGGUGAAGUCUGAGAAACAUUUAUGAUUUAUUAAAUGCAACUCAUCUCAUGUUGAUAUCAUUUUUAAAAAAUGUUUCCAUUUGUUCUCAAACCAAGAAUCCCUGCUGAAAUUAAUGUGGUCUCGGAUUAUACAACUUCUGGAAUAUGGCCGGCUUUCAUAGAAUCUGAGCAAGACUAACCCUCACUGGGGACUGUAUGAGAAAUGGUGGAACAAAUAAGAGUGACUAUUGAUUAAGUGGCUACAUAUAAAUUCUAGGACUAUGUUGCUUGGGAAGAGCUCCAGCCUCAUGGUUGCCUUUGGAACUGAGUCUCAGCUAACUUAAUUUAUGCUUGGGCUUACUUUUGGAACCACCUCUUAUUGGUUUUGUCCUAAAAUGGCUGAUGAGAGAUAUUUAAUCAAUUAUUGGGGUUAAAAUAUUAAACAAUACCUUCCAAUGAAAUUUUCACCGGAUUUAAUGAUAUGCCCUCUUCAAAGAACACUGGGAACAUCUGUAACAGUGAAAUUACAAAAUCAUUUUGCAUAGACUGCAUUUUAAAUAUGGUUUUUGGACCUAUAUUGCAAACUACCAAGAAUAUGAUUUUAAAAUGACUGGAUCGGUACUGUAAAAUGUAAUUAUUUACCAUUAAUACCAAAUUGCUAGUUUAGUUGCAAGUUUAGUUAUCAAAUAUACUUUACAAAUCAGUUGCAUGGCUUCUUUGGGUCUGAUUCUUUUCUGCAGAAGGGUUCAGUUAUUUUUCUUCUCACCCUUGCUGCUUCCUACUUAAUUAGUUCUGCUGUAAUGCAAUUGGAUAUUGUGAUGAAUUAGGGAACUCUGUUUCCAUUACAUGAGCAAAAUUGAUAAUUUGAUUUUGAUCGUGAACCAGCGAACCACUUAAAAGUUACUUUGGAUAUUGAUAAGCAGAGAAAAAGCUGCUGGAUUUAAAUAUAAUAUAGGAGAAAACGAAGUCCUGCUUCCCCAUAGUAAUUUGACACAAUUGUCUCUUAAGAAUAUAGCUAUUUUAACCACGGGUGCCUAUUGAAUUUGACAAGCAAUUGCUUCGAUUGACACUCGUGGAACAUAAUCUAUUAAUGUCUGAGUUUAGUGUCACGUGUAUAGAGGUACAGUGAAAAGCUUUUUUUGCAUAGACAAUUCCAUCUUGCUGUAACAUACAACCUUUUGGGCUUACAGUAAAACAAAUAUAGAUAUUUUCAAUAGUGAUAUUCAUUUUUGAAAAUCCUUCAGAAAAAAUGUUGUUACUGUAAGUCUGUCUCCCCAAACCUACUUUCUUCCACUGUCAAUUAUCUAAAACACAAGGUUUCUUGGGAACACAACUAUUGUGUUAUCACAGAACUACCUGUACUUAAAACGAAACGUCGCCUAUUCCUUAUCUCCAUAGAUGCUGCCUCACCUGCUGAGUUUCUCCAGCAUUUUUUGUCAACUUUUGAUUUUUCCAGCAUCUGCAGUUCCUUCUUAAACAUACCUGUA